UUUUGUAAGAAGAUAUAGGUACCAAAUAUACAGUAAACUCUUUUCUGUGUAGAAUUAACGACCAUUGAACGACAUGCAUGAGAUAAGCUAAAUAUAUGCGUGUGAUAAAUAUGAAAAAACAAAGCACUUGCCAGGAGUUACAGAAUAUGUCUCAACGGAUGUAAAUCAGUAAAAGAGCAAUUUGUUUAAAACAAACAUGUAUGUAUUACAUGUGAAACGGAUUUUAUUUCUACUGUUUGUUUGUUCUAUUCUCCAUCUUGGAUAUUCUUGCUUUUCCGACACUACUAUGAACUCAUGUGGCUGUUCCAACAAAAAAUCAAGUAACUCCAAAGAUGUCUACUGCCAUAGAACCAGUGAAUUUUACAAAAUAUUUCAAGCUGGGAUAUUUCCGGACGAUGUCAUUUCUAUUGACCUGUCGGACAACUGGAUUAAAAAUAUCAGUUCGCAGCUUUUUCCUGCAGCAAUUUCCCAGCUAUUAAAAAGUGUCACUUCUUUGAUAUUGGCGGAAAACCAAAUAAGUUAUAUUGGGCCUUCAACCUUCACUAAUUUCAGGAAUCUCAAGAGACUCAAUCUGAGUCAUAAUAACAUCGGGAGACUCGACAGAUCCAUGUUUCUGGGCCUUACCAGCCUUGAACGACUGUAUUUGAACAAUAAUAUUUUCCCCCUCAUACCAGGAGACACAUUCACAUCUCUGACAUCGCUUAAAAGAUUGAAUGUGUCAUCAACCCACUUAGUAUGCAACUGCAUGAUGAAGGAAUUUCUGGUAUGGUCUAAAAUGAAUAGAACAACCAAACUUAAACUGAACGGUGCAUGCACAGUGCCUUUAUCUAUGAAAGGAAUCAACUUAAAAAGAGUGAAAAUUAAACGGUUGAAAUGUGACGUGUUAUCCGAUCUUCCAUACUUUGAUAUACGACCCGCUAAACAGCAAGUGGUGUUUGAAGGCGAUUCAAUUUCAUUGCAUUGUGAGGGCACCGACCUUUUCCAUGCCAAGAUCAAUUGGAGUUUAAAUGGUGUUCGCAUAAGCAACUCGUCAAUGCAAAUGUUUAACCAAACCUUUCGUCGAUCUUAUGAUACGUCAGUUGUAUCAAGUAGACUUACACUACCUAAUCUAACUGCACAAUAUUCAGGGGUGUGGGGGUGCACUAUCUCAUCAAAUAUUUCCUUCGUAUCAAAACAUACUGAGAUCAAGGUGCUCAAAACCACAGCCAAGUAUUGUGACAGGGUGAAUGUCACAAACGAUAUGGGCAACUUCACGUGGCACGAAGCCGUGACGGGUGUCACGGUACGUUACAACUGCACUGAACCACAACAAGAAAUUACCAUGGAACCACACAUAGCAUCACGACAGUGUAUACUACCAGGUGUUUGGUCCAUUGGCAACUACUCACAAUGUCAGUUCCAUGACCCACUUGCAAGAUAUUCUAAGAUGAUGCUUGAACGAAACAUAUCACGGGAAAAUGCUUGGUCAGUGUGCAGUAAUGCAGUCGGUAACCUGAGUGGGGUGAUUGUCCGCGAUUCAAUCGGUUUCCAACUGUUGGGUGAAGUGAUCGGAAACUGCAGUGAACAUUUACAAGAGAACAUGAUAUCUCUUAGUAGUUCAAUACUGGAGUUAAUGGGUAAGUCCAUGUCAUCCCAUGCAUUCUACUCCAUACUGCCUUCGCAUGAAGUGGUUCAAACAUGUAACAAGCUACAACGAAUACUGAAAACAACUGCUAUAGGAUUCCUUUCAAAUAUGACAAACAUAAACAUGAAAUCUUCAAAUAUUGCGUUAGCUGGUUAUAACUUUAACGUUACCGACCAAAAGUAUAUCUACUGCUCCAUCUCUGAGGCGAUUGAAUGGACAGAAUUGACAAAAUAUCCAGAAUUGGAAUUGGCGUCACAAAGCACUCUCCUCCUACCACCUGCUGUUCCAACUGCGUUUUUGAAUGGAAAUUCAAUAAACAAACUCUACAUUGCUGUUUACAAGAACGGCAAUUUGUUUCAAUCUUCCACUACAACAACAAUGAGUCUUAUGGAAUACAAAGCAUGGAAAAAUCACCUUCAAUCCAGCCAGCAAGAAGAUAAAGGCAAAAUAGUCGCCAAACAAGUUGAUUUUCUUGCCGAUAUGACAAAAUUUAAGCAGGAAUUAAAAAAGAAUAUAAAACCUGAUCCUGAACGACACGUUCUUGUGUCGAGCAUAUAUUCCGUGCAUGUGAACAAUAGAAAUGUGGUGAAUCUCACCAAACCUGCUGUAUAUAUCUUCCAUACACAAGAGUCAGUUUCCCAAUUGAACUUGGAUUAUGAGCAUUACAUUGCUAUGUGGAAUGGUAGUGGUUGGAACAGAGCUCAUCAUCACUGUAUAUUCAACCAUACAACUCGUGAUCAGCAACAACAUAAUAUAACCGUCAUACAAUGUGAUGUUCUUGCUACGUUUGCUAUUAUGAAGAACAUUCAAGAUCCUAACAGUAGAGGAGGCAACAAUGGCAGACAAACAACUCUCACCCACCCCACAGUGUAUGCUGGAUCUGCUGUGCUUACACUUACUCUACUACUCAUGCUCAUCACAUAUGCAGUGUUCAGAAACUUGUUGCUGUCGCGUGACGCCCGCCACAUGAUCAUCAACACAACGUUACACCUCCUCGUUGCUGUCCUUACGUUCACUGUCGGUGUUUGGAGCAUUAGUUCAAAGGUGAUGUGUUAUGUAACCGGCAUCUUACUUCACUACUCCUCACUAUCUGUUCUACUAUGGAUUACAUUAUCUAGUGGCAACAUAUGCAAGGAGAUGUUGGCUGCUCAACAACCACCAUUGUUGGAACCAAAACCUUCAAAACCAAUGUUAAGAUUUUACUUGAUUGGUUGCGGAAUCCCGAUUAUUAUUUGUGGAAUCACGGCUUCUGCCAAGAUUGAAAAUUACAAUGGUGACGGUGGUCAAUACUGUUGGUUGUCAUGGGAGACAAGUUUAUAUGCGUUCUACGCACCAGCUGCUUGCAUCGCAAUCUUCUGCAUCCUCGUCUUACUUCGAAUCCUUGCCACGCUCAACUGCGCUCCUAGUGGUGAAAUGAAGAGGAAGUCACGAAAACGAAGAAAGCGAGAAUAUAGUAAAGAGUUUAUAGGGGAAGACACACCUCUACAAUACAUGGAAUCUUCAUUCACUCAACAUUCCAAUCCAGUUAACAACUCUUUCUCUAAGGAUGUUGAAAAUGAACAAAGUUCGAAGACAAGAUUACAAGGUGUCGCGCUUAUUCUUGUUUUAUUUAUAACAACGUGGGUGACGGCUGCAAUGACGGUUGCAGCUCCAAGAAUACAGGAACAAAAGAUAUCAAGUCAUGUCCGACAAACUUUGUUCAACCAAAAUUAUUUCAAGUUUUUCAAGCAAGAAGAGCCGACUCCAUCCAUCGAUCUUCAUCUCAUCUUCUCGUGCAUCUUCGCGAUGAUGUGUAUCGCCAUGUCAUCCUUCCUCCUCAUCCAACAUCUUACUUCGAGAUCAGAUGUCCGGAGGAGCUGGAGGAACCUUUGUAACAGGAGGAAGAAAAAGGUCCUGGAGGCAGAGAGCAACAUCCAGAUCAACAAUGACAUCGCAACUAACAUCCCGGAUCGGAAACGAGAGAACACCGUCACUACUGCUGCAACUGAUCCAACAACGACUGAAACUGCUCUUCAUCUCACAACUGGAGGAGAGAGCUCUCGUGGUAAUCUCACUUCUCGUCACAGUCCAUUUGGCCGGAACAGCUCUGCUCCCCUGCCCGGUGGCACAUAUGACACAUCCCGCGCCAGCAGUGCACAUAAGUGCGCACAGUUUCACAGGGAGAAAGCAUUAAGCAACACACUCACUGAGAGUGGUCUGCUUGUCCCACAUUCCAAUUCAUCAUUACUGUUGCCAUCUGAUCCAAACAACUUCUACACACUUACGGAACACCAACAUGGAGAUUCUUUCCACUCCCCUUCACAAGAGUGGGGUUACCAUGGUUAUGGACAACAUUACUAUAAAAGCAGUUCAAAACCAGUGAAAAUGACCAAUUUACAGCAACACCAGUUGGAUUCGAGCAUGACCGAACACAGCUUUGAUGACAGUCACAACAACAUGCAUACCAUACCUGUUGUUCUUCAACACACACAACCAAAAAUUGACAACAAAGUUUUGUAUCACAGAUAUCAGAAAAUGCGAAAAGCUUUAGAUGCGAAACGUAACAGACAGAAGAAGCUUACAGUUCUUCGUGAAUACGCUCAAGAUCCGCUCACAAGCAAUGAUGAGUCUCCCACCAAACCACAGAAGUCAAUCGACAAAAGUUCGGAACAGAUUCCACUUCUAUCUAACGUGAGCAAAUGCCACAAUGCUAAUGAAGAUGAGAUGGGUUUGGACAAUUUAGUCAACACAGAUAAUAUCAUUACACUUCCCAUGCCAAAGCCUGCAGAUGAGGGCGAGCAAAAUUACAGGUUGCUGCUUAUUUCAUCUCCAAAUAAGAAGAAGGGUGAAACAUGUAUGCAGGGGAAGUAUGGUCAACGUAAAAGGGUGACGGGCGACCCCAAUCUUGUGUCAUCAUACAGAAGAAAAUCACUGCAACAGAAUACAGUGCCCUUGGAACCUGGUGGAAGCAGCAGAAGUGCAAAGAGAAGGAGACCGCCGGCUUCUAGGAGACGAGCCAGGCAGCGUGCCACAAGGCAUGAGACUCAGAUAAAAGCUGCGGCCUCCCAUACUGAAGCCACAGCUUCUCAGGUUGAAGCCACGGCACCUCCAGUUACUGAUAAUGUCAGUGUCAAGAGCAGAAUGUCAGCUAACCAAGCAGCUGCUGAAGCUAGGAGCUCGGGGUGGGCCAUGCACCAAGACAAAGCACACAACUACCUUACUGCACAGGACUUGUUCUCAGGAGCAAUGCACCUUCCAUCAAGAAAAUCUUCAAGUUGCCAGGCACCAAGCAACACCGAGCCACAGAACCCAGGUUUUCAAAUUAUAGACAUGGAUGACAAUAACGUGGGCCAUGAAAAUGCCACAACUUCUCCUACAGAAGACACAGACCUGGCUUACGCUGCUUUGCGAAACGAAACAAGCGUGUAAUGCUUGAACCAGCAUUUCUACCAACGAGUGUCUCAUCUUCAAUAAGUAUUAUAAUCCAUCAUUUUUUUAUUGCAUCUCAUUGUGCUAAUUCGCAUACAUUGUCAUGCCUCAUAGUUAUAUGCAAACGCCAAACUUUAAACUUUGCGCUCAUUUUUAAAGCAAGUGCGAUUACCAUAAGCUUUUCAAUCGGAACUAUAAGAUCCCAGGUGCUAAAAAUUUACUUUUUUACCAUUUUAUGCAGUUCAAUUUGUCAGAUUUUACCAUUUUUUUAUUGUUUUUUUUAAGCAUUGUACAGAAAUCACUAAACAGUUACUGCCUUUGCUAAUUCUAAAUGUUCAAUGUGAACAUCUUAUGUAAACUGUAAAUAUUAUUACUAACCAAGGAACAUCACUUAACGUAAUCUGAUCAUGCUUACGACAUCUAAUACUCGUUUCAAACCACUGGACCAUCACAAUAUUUUGUAGAUAUUUUCACUUUUCCAUUCGUUCUUACCUUUAUUCACGAACCCGCUUUUGUAGUUGUAAGCCACUACCUCCAUUCUGCUGAAAAUACAUCACCAAGCGCUACAAAUUGUUAA